UUCUGAGGCCAACGCCACAGAUUCAUUCGGUUCAACAUGGUACGUAAUCAAACUCUUUUCUUCAAGAUGAACGAACAAAUAUCCGUGUCUGAUGUCAUGAGUCCAUCUAACAGGCUCCCAAGCAAAGCAAGAUGUUGGCACUUAUCAACUAUCGGUUACGAGUGACGUUGAACGAUUCUCGAACUCUGACCGGACAGAUGCUUGCCUUCGAUCGUCACUUGAAUUUAGUUUUAGCUGAUUGUGAAGAGUUUCGAUUCAUCAAACAAAAGAAACGUAAAGGUCUCUCCACCGGACCGACACCUGACGAAAGCGAAGAAUUGGAGAUGAAGAGAGCUUUGGGACUCGUCAUCUUACGUGGUGAAACUAUUGUCAGUUUAAGUGUGGAAGGUCCACCUCCAGCGGUUGCAGACGAAAAAGGUCCCAUGGUAAGCAAGGCAUUCCAAAGAGUAGCACAUUUUGAGCUUGAUAGUCCUUGACGGUCGUUUCGAAUCCUUCGAUAGCUGGCUCCUGGACGUGGUACAGGUCUUCCUGCAGGACGUGGUGUCGGUUUGGCUCCUCCAUGUGAGCAUACAUACUUCAUUCACGUUGGAGACUCGUAUUGAUUUCCUCUACUACAGCCGGAGUGCCUCCACCUAUGAUGCGAGGGCAGCCCAUGCCCUUUUCCCGCCCCGGUGGACCUCCUGGAGCUCCUCCUGGGCUCGGUAUGCCACCUCCUGGUAAGUUUAGUUCAUUUGAAACUCUUGAACUAUACUCAUCUCGUUCAUAAUGUCUGCAGGUUUCAAUCCAGGGCCUGGUGGAUAUAUGGGCGGCCCUCCACCUGGGUUUGGUGCUCAAGGACAAGGACCACCACCCGGAUUCCCCUCUGGUCAACAGUUUCCUGGUCCCCCUGGGUGCGUACCCUACGUAGCUCUGAAACCUUUGCCAACAGCGAUUGACUGAAAUUUCGUCUACAGUUUUAUGCCUCCACGGUAAAUGCUAGAUACCACCGCCAAGACUGCAAAGGUCAGGAUUACCACCUAUUUUCUGCGAUGGGGAUCACUCAAGAAAAUAGGAUGCGAGUAUGUCUCGAUGUCUCAUAAUGGGGUACCUACGGUCAAACGUUCGAGGUCCACAAAAAAUAUAAAAAGGUUGUUUCACAAGUAGAUAGAUGUACGAGAGUGUCGGAUGGGAUGUCGUGUUGACCAUAAAAGCCACGUUUCAAUUUUGUUAUGGAUUCAACGUCAAAAAUGUGCGCUCGGUUUGUCUUUGUGACAAAUCCUACAUGCGCAGUCAAGAAAUCCGCACUGUAAACCAUGGCGAAAGGCCGCGAAACAUGUAGAUGGAAAGCUCAUUUGUUUAAGGUUGCCUUUUUGACUU